AUGUCCACGUUCAGGCAGGAAGAUGUGGAAGACCACUAUGAGAUGGGUGAGGAGCUGGGCAGUGGUCAGUUUGCAAUUGUACGGAAAUGCCGUCAGAAGAGCAAUGGUAUAGAGUAUGCAGCUAAGUUUAUCAAGAAGCGUCGCUUGUCAUCUAGCCGUCGUGGGGUGAGCCGGGAGGAGAUAGAAAGGGAGGUGGACAUUCUUCGGGAGAUCCAGCACCCUAACAUCAUUACCCUUCACGACAUCUUUGAGAACAAGACUGAUGUAGUAUUAAUCUUGGAACUGGUUUCUGGGGGUGAGCUUUUUGAUUUCUUGGCUGAAAAGGAGUCCCUAACUGAGGAAGAAGCUACCCAGUUCCUUAAGCAGAUCUUAGAUGGUGUCCAUUAUCUGCACUCCAAGCGAAUUGCCCAUUUUGAUUUAAAGCCAGAGAACAUCAUGCUUCUGGAUAAGAAUGUGCCCAAUCCUCGAAUCAAGCUCAUUGAUUUUGGUAUUGCCCAUAAAAUUGAGGCAGGGAAUGAGUUCAAGAAUAUUUUUGGAACCCCAGAGUUUGUGGCUCCUGAGAUUGUGAACUAUGAACCAUUAGGAUUGGAGGCUGAUAUGUGGAGCAUUGGAGUGAUCACAUACAUUCUUUUGAGUGGAGCAUCACCAUUCUUGGGGGAAACAAAGCAGGAGACUCUCACCAACAUUUCAGCUGUGAACUAUGACUUUGAUGAAGAGUAUUUCAGUAAUACCAGUGAGCUGGCCAAGGACUUUAUCCGGCGACUGCUUGUCAAAGAUCCCAAGAAAAGGAUGACCAUUGACCAGAGCCUAGAACAUUCAUGGAUUAAGGUGAUUAAGAGGAGGAAUGUGAGGAAUGAGGACAGUGGCAAGAAGCCAGAGCGGCGUCGGCUGAAGACAACCCGCCUCAAGGAGUACACUAUCAAAUCUCAUUCAAGCAUGCCCCCAAACAACACAUACAUUAAUUUUGAGCGCUUCUCUAAGGUUCUUGAGGAGGUGGCAGCAGCUGAAGAAGGCCUUCGGGAGCUAGAGCGAAGCAAGAAACUGUUCCGUGAGGAUAUUGAGGUCCUAACUUCGAUCUAUGAGGAGAAGGAAGCCUGGUAUAAGGAGGAGAAUGAGAGCAUUGGCCAGGACCUGAGGCUGCUUCGUCAGGAGCUGCACAAGACAGAGGCACUGAAACGGCAGGCCCAAGAAGAGGCCAAGGGAGCUCUGCUGGGGGCUAAUGGGCUGAAACGCCGCUUCAGCCGCCUAGAGAACCGCUAUGAGGCCCUGGCUAAGCAAGUGGCAUCAGAGAUGAGGUUUGUUCAGGACCUGGUUUAUGCCAUGGAGCAGGAGAAAAUGCAGGAUGGGGACUGCAGUGUGCGUUAGCAGCUCUCCAGACAGGAGGAGAGGAGUGCCAAGAGAGGGGGGAAGAGUCAGACUUAAUGUCAAACAACCCUCUGAGGCA